AACACUACUAAAAGCAAAAUAAGAAGAGCAUACAGGCUAUCCACGUCGGAUUUUUUAUUUGGCCAAUCAGGUUCUUUUUUUUUUACACGUCAGACUCGGGUUUGCCUUUUGCCCGAAGUCGAGUAAGAGAUUUCGUGGGCUUCUGAUUUCUCUUUGGGCUUUAAGUUUGAUUCGGGCUUCUUUGUGUUUUUUGUGUAUCGCGAGGAGAAUCAUUUAGGUGAGCCGACAUCUAAACGAGAAGCUUCUCCUCACCAUUACCGCUUCGUGUUCUUCGAUCAAAAAGAGAACCGUAGAUUCCAUCGAUUCAAUCCUAAGCUAUCAAUAGUUCCGUUUCGAUCAAUCAAUACCCCUUCAUUAUGAUUUCUUUUCACCUCCCUCUUUUCCUCCUCUUAUAUAAUUGAUCUUCCUUCUCCGUAGAAUGCAAAACCCUAGAAAAACUCAGAUCUCAAGAUAUGGCGAUGAAACGAAAUGGAAAGUCUCCUGCGUCUUCCGAGUCUGACGAAUCAGUGAUGUUCUUCAGAGAUGUCUCUCUCGGUCCCCAUGAAACCCGGUUGCGAUUCCGACUCAUCCAUUUCUGGGAGGCUCAGAACCCGGUGAAGAAGACCCUUAUUGGUCUGGAAAUGCUUCUCAUCGACGAGCAGGGAACUGUCAUUCAAGGAUUCAUCCCACCAGGUCGUAUUAAGAAAUACCUGCCUGAGAUGAAGCGAGGUUCAGUUUACGAACUCAUCAACUUCUACGGAUCGAAGAACAAACCGAUGUAUCGGGUUGCUGAUCAUAUCGCAACCGUGUCCUUCGCAUGGAACUCUGAGUUGUCGGUUCUUCACGACAUUCCAAUCCCUUUUGAUGAAGACCGUUUCAGGAUGCAUUCGUAUGAGGAUUUUGAGGCCAACUGUGAUCUCAAAGGUGACCUCUACGAUGUUCUUGGCCACAUGAAGCUGGUUGAUGGACAGGCUCUUACCGAGCGUCCCACCAUUGAUGAAGCGAAGCUCGCUACCACUCGGCACAUUAUGGUUCACGUGCAAUCACAUGAAGGACCUGUUAUGAAGCUUUACCUCUGGGACCAGGCAGCAACGGACUUCUGCAAGAAGUUUAAGUCCUAUGAAAACACUCCCACAGUUCUUUUGGUCACAGCUGUUAACACUAAACGUCUCGGAGGUAACCUGGCACUGAGUUCUAUGUCUCCCACACGGGUUUUCAUGGACUAUGAUGUGCAACCAACAAUUGAUUACUUCGCGUGGCUCUCCUCGAACCCAGAGAUUGCUAAGCAGGUUAGUGCAGAGGUGGUCACUAAGCGGGAGACGAUGACCAUAUCUGACAUCUUCUCCUACAUGACUCUGGAAUCUGCAAAGGAUGCCUUUUUUGAGUGCACUGCCACGAUUGAUGAUGUGGUUCAUGGAUCUGCUUGGUACUAUAUUGCAUGCACUGGGUGUCAUAGUAAGGCUACCAAAGGCGCAAAUUCAUUGAUUUGCACGAACCCAAGAUGUGUGAAGGAUACCACAGCUGGAGUUGCACAGUACCGUGCAAAGAUUUCGGUCUAUGACAGCAGUGAACAAGGUUUCUUUGUCCUGCUUGGUGAUGCUGGUUUUCAGUUGACUGGGAGGCAUGCAUCUGAGUUGGUCAGCAGCUACUUUGAGGCCAAUAAAGACAAAGGUCCUGACCAUGAAGUGCCUGUCCCGGAAGCUCUGAUCAGCAUAGUCGGACAGACCCAUAAGUUCUGUGUAAAAGUUACAGACCACAACUUCUCUGGCAACACCCGAGCAAUCACUGUGACCAAGAUCCUCCCUCCGGAGACAUCAUCACCCACAAAAGGCUCCGUUGAUAACGCUAUUGCUGCAACAUCCAUGGAAGCAGUGCAGACUGGAAGUGAAGUGUGUGGGCCUUCAAAAAGCCGUGGAGAUUCUGCAGAUGAAGAGAGUAAGAGAACGUUUGACAGUGUUGAUCCAGAGAAAGUCAAACGGGCAAGGUGUGAGAAAUAAUGAUUCAGUUCGAUAAUUCUUAAGUCUUUGCAUUGAACUUCAAGUACUAUGUUGGUUUUUGCAAGUUUGCUUCAGUUUGGUACUAUUUUGGUUUUUAACAACACUUUGCUUUGUUUCUUUUCAUUUCAAACUUUGGAUUUUAAUCGAUUAAACUAUCCUUCCUAUAUAGUUUACUCAGAUCAAUUGUUUUCAUGUUUAAAUUCCUUUAUAUACACCAACUGAUUUGGCCUCA